AUGCCGGGCCGGACGAAAAACCCGGAAGACGCCGCCUCGCAGGACACCAACAUGCAGGACGCACCGCCUUCUGCACAACCCGGUGAAAACCAGGAUGCUGCCAUGGAAGACGACGCCCAGGCCGACGAGGAGGAAGAAGAAGAAGAAGUCGAGGCCCAGCGGGUCAAGAUUCUCCCGGGCUCGACGGAUUCGGCAGCCUCAUUCGAGUUCAUCGACGAGGGCCACACGCUGGGCAAUGCCCUCAGAUACGUCAUCAUGAAGAACCCCGACGUCGAGUUCUGCGCCUAUGCAAUCCCCCAUCCUUCCGAGCCCAAAAUGAAUAUCAGGAUUCAAACAUACGAGGGCACGGCUGUGGAUGCCCUGAAAAAGGGCCUGAUCGACCUGCAAGACGUUUGCGAUGUCGUGGCAGAUGAGUUCUGGACCAAGAGGAACGCGUUCAACGCCCAGCACGGCCUGACGCGAUGA